CAUUUGGUGGCAAGCGGCAGGGAGGAGCGCCGCCUCGGGGUCCUUUCUAGUUGACUUCAGUCCGGGACCGCAAAGGGGUGGCUGGGGAAAUGCGACGCUCGGACGAGGGUCCCCCUGCUGGGCUUCAGUGCGCGCUGUAGGCCGGGGACUUGGACGGCGGUCCGGCAGCUCUUGGAAGCGCCGGCUCUCUUGACGUCACCGCUUCCUCGUCCCAGAAGCGCUCCUGCGCUCGGCCGAAAUGGUGGCAAAACGGGUCUUGGCGUCGCUGCGGUUCCAGAAAGGGUGGCAGCGGGGGAACUCCUCCGUAGGAUGCAAACCGACUUGCAUGGCAGCUAGUCGCGAGCACCUCCGUGGGGCUGAAUUCUAGAGCAAACGUCAAAGUCGACGUUUCCUAACGUCGCUAUCAUCUUUCUUCUUCUUUGGGGAUCACUCGUAGCCGAGUAAGAUUGUCUUCCAUAAACACGGUUCCACAGUGGGGACAUUGGUUUCUGGGUGGGAGUUGAUCACGGUGUGGAUUUCCCAAGCGUGCCUUCCUCUUAGCACGUUUCUUCCUUGCGUCCGGACUUCGAGUGUCUUCAAAGCCACACCUUUGGUAAAGGCUGUUCUCCAAUUGGAGCGCUCACAGGCAAUUUGAUAUAUAUAUAUAUAUUGUCCAAGAUGAACUUCUUCCUGGAAACACUCAGAGCCAUUGGACUGACAGUAUAUUUUACACUGGAGUCUUUCGUCUUAUUAUUCAUCCCUGUGCGGAAGAAGAAUGUGACUGGUGAAAUAGUGCUUAUCACGGGAGCUGGAAGCGGAAUCGGAAGGCUGAUGGCUCUGAAAUUUGCUCGCCUUGGAGCUACGUUGGUACUCUGGGAUAUCAAUGUAGAAGGCAACAAAGAGACAGCCAGACUGGCAAGGAAAAAUGGAGCUGUGAGAGUGCACAACUACAGUUGUGACUGUAGCAAAAGGCAGGAGGUCUAUCAAGUAGCAGAUCAGGUGAAAAAAGAAGUCGGUGAUGUUAGCAUCCUGAUUAACAAUGCUGGCAUUGUGACGGGAAAGAAAUUCUUGGACUCUCCAGAUGCAAUGAUACAGAAGUCUAUGGAAGUGAACACAAUGGCACACUUCUGGACUGUCAAAGCAUUUCUUCCAGCCAUGGUAGCUUCUAAUCAUGGACAUGUCGUAACUAUUGCAAGUGCAGCUGGCUUAGUUGGCGUCACUGGACUGGCAGAUUACUGUGCAAGUAAAUUUGCAGCAGUUGGCUUCGCUGAGUCUCUAGGUUUAGAGAUAGUGGCAUUGAGAAAGACUGGUAUUAAAUCCACCAUUGUCUGUCCAUUUUUCAUAAACACGGGAAUGUUUGAUGGCUGUCAAACCAAGUGGCCACGGCUCCUGCCUAUUCUAGAUGCAGAUUAUGCAGCUGAAAGAAUUGUCUCUGGUAUUCUGCGAAAUCAGGUGUAUGUCUACAUGCCGCGUAGCGUAGCCAUUUUGGUUGCACUGAAAAGUUUAAUACCUACAAAGGUUGGUCUUGUUCUCGGAGACUAUAUAGGGUAUUUCCAUUUUAUGGAGACGUUCACAGGUCGUGGAAAAAAGAUUGAAGACAAUAAAUCUCAGUAAACAGCAACAAAAAUUCCAAUUUUGACUUACCUCCUGAAAGUCAGACAUGUGGAACUCCUAUAAUGCCAAUACUUGAUGUGUGUGCCUGAAACAUCAAAGACAGCAUGACUUGUUAGUAAGAAAUAAAAUUAUUUUUGAACUAAAUUUCACUGAUGGUGGAAUAUGAAUGAUUUUUAAUUACAACUGUUUUUAGAACUGCUGCUAUGUCCUUGCUGUAUGUAGCUUGUGAAUUAAUAUUUUAUUGCAAUAAAAAUCACUUAAAUCUUGGAACAGAUUUGUAUAUAUUAAGGCUUUAUGAGCUUUACUUUUUCAUGUACAAAUUAAACAGCAGCAAUAAUUAUAAAAACUGUUUUUCUUAAUAAAUGAUUUAUCUAACUCCUGAAGUCAUGGUUACAUGCACACGAAAGCUCAUACCAAAAUAAAAACUUAGUUGGUCUUUAAGGUGCUACUGAAGGAAUUUUUUUAUUUCCUGAAGUCAUAUUUAUCCUGUGUAUUUUUGUGUUUCUGGCCUAACACUUUUAAUAUGGGUGAAAUGGGGAGAACAGUAAUUUUGGUAACAGAAGAGUGUAAUAUUGAUGUACCAUUUGUGUAUCUAAUUUUGUCUUCCAGCUUUGUGAGGUUCAGUUGGCAGGAGCCACCUAGUGAGCUUCAUGAUGAAGAAGAACUUUAUCUUGAGUCUUCUAUGAACCAACUCUCCUCUCUGCCCCAUUACAUACAGGCAGAGACCAUUUUGCACACAUCCAAUUGACAUUUGACCACCAAUGUGUGGGUCCUUUUGGACCUCAGAGAGGGCAGGAGGGGGAUGGGGCAAGCUUAUGCAUACUCCACCAACACAUGCGGGAACUAGGAACCAAACACCUGUGCAAAAUGGUCGCUAUCUGUACUUUCUAAUAUUAAGAGUUGGUGGUAUAUUUUUACUUUACAUUGUUUAUGUACAAGUAACAGCCACAAGUAUGUUUCUUUUUAAUUAAUUUAUUUUCUUACAUUUAACAAUGCAAAUGUUUCAGAGAUACAAAAAUAACAAUGGCUUGCCUGUUUGACAUCAUCUGUUCCACAGCUUAAGAAAGAAAAUGAUGCAAAAUUGUUAUUGCAGGGAGUUCAAAACAAUGCUAUGAAUAAUAAGAUCACAAUUCUAUGGAAGCACAACAGAAUGAUCAAUAGUAAGUCCUGGAAUAUAAUAUUAUCCAGAUAAAAUUAUACUUUGCCGAAAUGUUAAAGCCAUAAUUUUGUCUUUUGACAUAAGCUGUGAAUGACCACCAUGUAGCUGCAUAGAACGAGUGAGUUUUUAGGAGAUUGUGAUAAAUAAGACCUCCUUAAACAGGGUGUCAAGGGGGAAAGAGUUUAUCCUCCAUCCUGGGCAAUGGUUAAUAGUGUGGCAACAAGCAAAUAAAUUAUAUGUGGUUUACAAAUAAGAUCAGCAUUCUGAUUGGUGAGGACGGACAGCAACGUUGAGGAUAUGAAUAGACUAGGAUACUUACUAUAUCCUUGAUUUUUUGUAAAACUUGGUCAGCUAAAAAUAUUUUAAUACUGAAUUGAUUACUUCGAAGUAGCAACAGCAGAAAUCUACAGUAAGUUAAAAAUAUAUUCCAAAUAUCCUUUUUCAGUAUAAUCAUCUGUGGGAAAAGCAAAGUGAAACAGAAUGCAGUUACUGUACAAAGCAUCCUGCCACUCCUCGCAACCCAAAUGGAAAGUGGUGCAAUGGGGGGGACAGAAGAUGGGACACACAAUUCUUUCAAAGCCGUGCCCUGGUUGCCCUUAUUGUAAAACUGCCUCAGUAGCAACUAUAGCAAAACUAGGCAGGGAAUCAAGAGAUCCAUCCUGAAUGUGUGACACAAUGGGACCAUGUUUCACCGAGCAUCUAAAUGUCAGAGGCAGGGCCAGCUGUGCAUCCUGUCACGAGAUGCUGCUGCACACCCAACCCUGCACUUGGGUGGGGGAGCACUGGAUAAGGCAUAAGAAGAGCCAGCUGGAUCAGGCCAAUGACCCAUCUAGUCCAGCAUCCUGUUCUCACAGCGACUGACCAGAUGCCUGCAGUGAACCCACAAGCAGGAGCCCUAGGCCCAAGAGCAGUCUCCCCUCCUGUGGUUUCCAGCAACUGGUAUUCGUAAGCAUGACUGCCUCGAUCAAAAGGUCAGGAUUGUGUGGCAUGGAGGCCCUGGCAGGUCUCACACCAUUUAAAGGCAAUGAACUGCACUAUGAACUCGAAAAACUGUCUCUGAAUGAUGUGUUCACACCCCUCUCUGUGGAAAAACAGUAUACAGCACUGAUGCUGCCUUGUUCACCUUUAUAUGAGUUCUUAAUAGUAUCUGUUGGUAGCGUUAGCAAAUACAUCUUGUAAAUGGGCCAGAGUCUAAAUAAAAGUUAGGCUAAACCAGGCAUAGGCAACCUUGGCUCUCCA